CUUCUCGGUUUACCAACGAAGCUUUGUUAACGUUACAAGAAGGAAUUCUGAACAGUCCGGUGAGUUAUUUGUUUGUAGGAACCACAACGUUUAUAUGCGAGUGUCCUGACAAACACCCUGCCGCUGGUCAAACGAGCAUGAGAGUUGCAACUCCCGCUUGACCCGCCAACACUCAUCCAUCAACUUUCAGCUGGUUCAAGUUUUGAUGAGAGUUGAUGCGAGUUUUUGCUUGUUUGACCGAUAAUAUCCAGUAAACUCUCAUGCAACUCUUGAUCAAGAAAAUCGAGAGGUUUAGUCCUAUAAUAUCUAAUUGUUGUUCAUUUCAGGUUGAUGGUGAUAUAGGUGCAGUAUUUGGUUUAGGAUUUCCACCAUUUUUAGGAGGUAGGCGCCAAAACUACAGUAACCCUGAAUAUUUGGUAUUACGAAAGUCACCGAACUGUGGAAUUGCAUCAAAAAUUCGUAUUGCCGCCACUCCCACAAACGUUUACGACCGCACCUACAUAAUUUUGCAUGUUUACAAUUCUAAUUUUGAACAGCCAAUCCGGUUCUUGGUAACAAUUACAAUUGAACGUCGAUUGGCUGUUUAAAAUUAGAAUUGUAAACAUGCAAAAAUAUGUAGGUGCGGUCGUAGACGUUUGUGGGAGUGGUGGCGAUACGAAUUUUUGAUGCGAUUCCACAGUUCUGUGACUUUCGUAAUAUUUCGGGAGAACAAAAUUUUUAUCGUUUUACAACGCCCUUCGACAAACUAAACUAACUACUGCAUUUUUUCUGGAUAGCUCUAUCAGUCUUAUACCUUUCUCCCUAGAGGUCCAGUAAGAGCCACUCCUGAUCAAUCCAGUGUUACUACAGGAGGAAACCUCUUAUUAAUCAAGUGUUAGUGCAGGAGAAAACCUAAACUAAACUAACUUUGUUUAACCUGAAUAGUUCUGAACUGUCCUCCCUAGAGUUUCAGUAAGAGUCAUCCCUUAUUGAUCAAGUGUUACUGCAGGAGGAAACCUAAACUAACUUUAUUUACACUGAAUAAGCUCUAUCACUUCUAAACUGUCCUUCCUAGAGCUCAAGUAAGGACCAUGCAUUAGACAUUGGCAGCUCUUGGAUAGAAUUGAUUCGCAUCUAGUGUUAACAAUAUUUAUAUUCCAUAUAGGUCCCUUCAGAUUCGUGGAUACGUAUGGCGCUGAAAAUCUCGUGAAUAAGAUGCGACAAUUACAGUCCGAAGUUGGCGAAGCUCAAUUUGAACCUUGUCAAUUGCUACUCGACUAUGCUAAGGAUUCCUCAAAGAAAUUCCACAAAAGAUAA